GUCCGGAGCCCAAAGGUUUCAACAUGUUUCAACCGAUGUAUGAUUCCAUUUGUUGUUUUGUUUUUUAAAUAAAUGUGUUUCCUUUGCAAAUGUCUUCAAAGGAAAGAUGAAAUCAAAACGGCCGGCAGUGCCAGUUUCUUCCACAAAGCUUCUUCGAGUUGUUGCAGUUGUUUUCUUUGCCUUCGGAGUUUGAGAUUUGUGAACCAAGAACGAAGAACUGUUCACGCACGGAUUUCUGUUUUUCUGCAGCACGGAUUGAGGGCCCUAGCUUCAUCUCGCGUCUAGCGAUCGAUGGCUGGGUCCAACAGCAACAUGCUCGUGAAGUGUGAAACAAAGAGCAACAGAGUAAAAGGCUUGAGCUUUCACCCCAAGCUCAGUUGGAUUUUGGCCAGUCUUCACAAUGGCACGAUCCAACUUUGGGACUAUCGGAUUGGCUCGUUGAUUGAUAAGUUUGAGGAGCACGAGGGCGGUCCAGUGCGUGGAGUGUGUUUUCAUCUCUCACAGCCUUUGUUCGUCUCCGGAGGUGACGAUUACAAGAUCAAAGUGUGGAACUACAAGCUCCGCAGAUGUAUCUUCACCCUCCUGGGCCAUCUCGAUUACAUUAGGACUGUAGAGUUUCACGAUGAAUAUCCUUGGAUCCUGAGUGCUUCGGAUGACCAGACGAUCCGCAUUUGGAACUGGCAGUCUCGCUCCUGCAUCGCCGUCCUCACGGGUCACAACCACUACGUGAUGUGCGCCCAUUUUCACCCCAAGGAGGACUUGGUGGUGUCGGCGUCCUUGGACCAAACGGUCCGGGUUUGGGACACCUCUGGACUCCGGGACAAGACCGUGGCCAUCGGCACGCCUGGGCCCACGAGUGGCACCUCCAACGAUGUCUUCGGCACCUCGGACGCCGUGGUGAAGUAUGUCCUCGAGGGUCAUGAUCGAGGAGUGAACUGGGCCUCCUUUCACCCGACGCUUCCAUUGAUCGUAUCCGGUGCAGACGAUCGAUUGAUCAAGUUGUGGAGGAUGAACGAUACCAAGGCGUGGGAGGUGGACACUCUUCGCGGCCAUUUCAACAAUGUCUCCUGUGUGAUGUUCCACCCCAAGAAGGAGCUGAUCUUGUCGAAUUCGGAAGAUCGUACCAUCCGUGUGUGGGACGUGACCAAGCGGACCGGCAUCCACACCUUCCGCAGGGAGAACGAUCGCUUUUGGAUUAUCACCGCUCACAGAACAUCCAACUUGAUCGCAGUAGGCCAUGAUGCAGGGAUGGUCGUCUUCAAGUUGGAUUGUGAGAGACCCUUGGCACAGACACAUGGCCACAACCUCUUCACGGUGCAGGAGAGAGAGGUUCAGGUCAUGGAUUUGGACAAGGGUUUGAAGGGUGUACAGCUGGGCUCUUGUAAGCGAGCCAGUAAUGCCAUGACAUCUGGAUUGAAGUCCUUGCAGUUCAAUGCUUACAAUCCCUCAGAGACCAACAUUUUGAUCUUCUACACCCAGGAUGGUGGCUGUUAUGACCUUUAUGUGGGUCCCAGCAACAUCACGAGCGACACCAGCAUCUCCCCCAAGCAGGGCAAUGCACAGGCCGUUUGCUUCACCGCCCGGAACCGCUUCGCGGUGCUGCAGUCCGGUGGUUCCGUGGGGAUUUACAACCUGCAGAACGAGCUCUCCAAGAAGUUGGACCCACCAGUCACCACGGACUACAUCUUCCCAGGUGGCAACAAUCGAAUUUUGCUGAAGAGCGAAGAGAAGGUGGUGAUGUACGACUUGACCGCUAGGAAGACAGUGGACGAAGUGAGCAUUGCCGGAGGAGUUCGAUAUGUUGUUUGGUCUCAGAAUGGAGCUUAUGUUGCCUUCAUGUCCAAGCACAAUGUGCUCUUGGCGGGCAAGAAUCUCGAGUACUACCAUUCCUUUCAUGAGAACAUCAGGGUGAAGAGUGGUGCUUGGGAUGAGAAUGGCGUCUUCAUCUACUCUACCUUGAGUCAUGUGAAAUAUUGCUUGCCCAACGGGGACAGCGGAAUUAUCCAUUCCCUGGCCAACCCUCUCUACAUCGUGCGAGUGCACAAGCAGAUCCUCCAUUGCAUGGACCGAGAGCAUAAAGUGCAGAAGCAGCGUCUGAAUUGCUCGGAGUAUCUCUUCAAGUUGGCACUGCACAAGCGGAAUUUUAAUGAUGUGAAGCUUUGGAUCACCAAUGGUCGCUUGUGUGGCAAUGCUGUGAUUGGGUACUUGAAGCAAAAGGGCUUCCCAGAGGUGGCAUUGCAUUUCGUGGAAGACCAGCAGACACGCUUCAACUUGGCACUGGAGUAUGGACACAUUGAGGAAGCGAUGACGGCAGCACAAGAAUUGGAUGAGCGCAGCUGUUGGAAUCGUUUGGGCUUGGAGGCCUUACGACAAGGGAAUCAACAGAUCGUCGAGAUGGUCUACCAGAAGACCAAGAACUUCGAUGCGCUGUCCUUCUUGUAUCUCAUCACCGGGAAUUCUAACAAGCUUAAGAAGAUGCUCAAGAUUGCUGAGAUGCGAGGUGAUGUGAUGUCCAGGUUCCACAAUGCACUGAUGCUGGGCCAUGUCGAGGAGCGGGUGAAGAUCAUGGCCGAGAUGGGUCAGGUGCCUUUGGCCGCCUUGACCGCUCGUGCUCAUCAAUUGAAGGAGUACAUGGAGAAGUUAGAGGAGCAGCUGAGCAGUAGUGAUAUCUUGUCUCAGAUUCCCAAGCGCACCGUUCUGCUUGUGCCUCCUGUGCCUUUGGCUCGACCUGGCUCUGGGGAGGCCAAUUGGCCUUUGCUGAUGUCCACGAAGAAAAUCUUCGAGAAGAGUUCCUUCGAGGCGGCUGCGCCACCACCGAUGCCGGGCUCUGAAGCCUUCUUAGACGCUCAGGAAGAUGCACCAGAAGACACAGAAGCUCCAGGUUGGGGCGAUGAAGACAAUGAUCUCGAUCUCGGUGGUGACAUGGGUGGUGGAGAUUGGGGAGGUGAUUUGGAUUUGGGUGAUCUGGGCGCCUUGCCAGAAGAGCCAGUACAUGUGGAGGAGCGUGGAGUGAAUCUCACCUUGGGCGACAGCUGCCAGGCCAAAUGGCUGAAAAAACGGCGCUUGCCCGCAGACUUGGUGGCUGCAGGUGACUUCGAAGAGGCUUUGAACCUGCUGAAGAGACGCCUGGGAUUGAUCAAUGCUGAGCCCUUGGCGCCCAUCUUCAAAGAAGCAUACUGGGCCACGUGUUCGUCACUGACAGCCUUGCCACAGAUGCCUUCACUCCAUUGGCCGUUGCUGAGUGAAGGUAGUGCCAAAUCUAGAGACUUGGCUCCGAAGAUUCUCUUCACGCCUCAGGUGAUCUUGGAUCGUGCGAGAGAAGCUCUUCGGAUGGUGACCUCUGGGAAGUUCAAUGAUGCCUUGAACGCCUUCCGCAGUGUCCUGCAGGCCAUCCCCAUUUCAGUGGCCAAUGAUGCCAAUGAGGAGCGACAGCUUACGGAGAUGAUUGACACCUGCAGAGAAUAUGUCAACUUCACUCGGCUUCAGGUGGCCAGUAAGAAACUGACACCAGACAAGGUAGCCAAAAUCCUUGAGCUCAACUCCUACCUCACGGUCUGCAAAUUGCAGCCAUACCACCAGUUCUUGGCUCUGAAAUCCGCCAUGGGCGCUUGCUACAAGGGAGAGAACUUUGUCACUGCCGCCUCCUUUGCAAAAAGGAUGGUUCAGGGCAACUUUGGCCCUCCAGACAAGACUAAAGAGGAUGUGCAGAAGGCCCGACAAGUCUUGCAGAUUUGUGAGCAGAAGGGCACCGACAAGCACAAAAUCAACUUCGAUUUCAAGGCUGCAGUUGAGGACAUCAAGAUUUGCUCUGGCUCUCUUUCAGCCAUUGGUGCGACAGAGACCCCCAUUGCGUGCCCCUACUGCGGCUCACUCUAUGUCACUUCCUUCAAGGGCAAGCUUUGCGAUGUUUGCCAGCUUGGUGAGAUUGGUGCCAACACUCUUGGCAUUCAGCUGAGACCGAUUUGAGGAACUUUGAUGGAACACUGUGGAACACUUGUAUAUAAUCGCCACUGUCGGAUUUUGGGAGCACCCAGGUCAUCUCGG